AUGGCCGAUUUUGCAGGAGCUGUUGCUAAAUCAAUCGGCAUUCUACCAGCCGUGAUUGAAACAGCCGUUUCUAAAUCAGUCGGCUUUCCACCAGCGGACCAUGCAGAACCCGAUUAUAAAUCAGACGUCCCUCCACCAGCCGAUCUUCCAGAAGGCAUUCAUAAAUCAGUCGUCCCUCCACCAGCCGAGCUUCCAGAAGACAUUCAUAAAUCAGUCGUCCCUCCACCAGCCGAUCUUCCAGAAGCCAUUCAUAAAUCAGUCGUCCCUCCACCAGCCGAUCUUCCAAAAGAUAUUCAUAAAUCAGUCGUCCCUCCACCAGCCGAUCGCCCAGAAGCCAUUUCUAAAUCAGUUGUCCCGCCGCAAGCCGACCAUGCUAAAACCGUUCCUGAAUCAGUCGUCCUUCCACCAGUCGAUCUUGUAGAAGCGGUUCCUAAACCAGUCGACCUUCCACCAGUCCAUAUGAAAGAACCCGAAUCUAAACCAGACGUCAGUGGACCAGUUGCCCUUCCACCAUUCGAUAUGAAAGAACCCGAAUCUAAACCAGACGUCAGUGGACCAGUUGCCCUUCCACCAUUCGAUAUGAAAGAACCCGAAUCUAAACCAGGCGUCACUGGAUCAGUUGCCCUUCCACCAGUCCAUAUGAAAGAACCCGAAUCUAAACCAGGCGUCACUGGACCAGUUGCCAUUCCAGCAGUCCAUAUGAAAGAACCCGAAUCUAAACCAGACGUCAGUGGACCAGUUGCCCUUCCACCAUUCGAUAUGAAAGAACCCGAAUCUAAACCAGUGGACCAGUUGCCCUUCCACCAUUCGAUAUGA